GCAGUGUUCCGAGAGCGGGGUCUGCACGCAGUGUGACGACUCCGUCCAGUACGUCCCCAGUAAGGACGACAUCCGAGCCACCUGGGUGAAGAUUCAGGGCCUCAUGGCGCACACGCGGUACAAGUUCGAAGUCCAUGCGGAAAACGGUGUUUCGGAAGAAAGCGGCGUCACCGACAGAUUCGAGUCCAUUGCGCUGAAAACCAAUGUUGCAGCUCCGUCCCAAGUCGAGAGCGUGACGCAAAUUGGAUCGACGGAGAUGUCGCUGUCGAUAUCCUGGUCCCCCCCGCGGAAGCCGAAUGGCGUGAUCCUGGAGUACCGCGUACAGUACUACCCGUUACGGGACGGUCCCACGCAGGUGAAGUUUGCCAAGGUCGACGGGCUGGUUACCCAGGCAACCGUGGAACACCUAGACAUGGGGGAGGAGUACGUCCUGCAGAUCCAAGCCCGAACGAUAGCGGGAUACGGCCUACCCAGCCAACCUGUGACCAUGAGGACUGAUGCCAAUGGUUCCCAGGCCCCGAUGACAGGAGACCAGCCUGUGAUGAUAGCAGCCAUCGCCGCUGCCGGGAUUUUCGUGCUCCUGGUGUUUGUUCUGGUGGUCAUCUUUGUGCUGUACAGGAGAAGAAACAGGAAGCCGCCAAGUGACAUGGACAAACUGGAGUACUCAAAUGGAGAAGUUCGCCUGCCAGGUUUUGUGGCGCCGCGUGUGAAGACCUACAUCGACCCUCACACCUACGAGGACCCGCAACACGCUGUGCUGGAGUUCGCCAAGGAACUGGAGCCGUCCUGUCUCACCAUCGAACAGGUCAUCGGGGGAGGUGAGUUUGGAGACGUGUGUAAGGGUCGGCUGAAGAUGGGGAAGGGACAGUACCUGGACGUGGCGAUCAAGACACUGAAGGCGGGAUCCAACGACAAGAUGAAGGGAGACUUCCUGACAGAGGCGUCGAUCAUGGGACAGUUCACCGACCCUAACGUCAUCAAGCUGCAGGGGGUCAUCACCAAGAGUCGUCCAGUGAUGAUAGUGACAGAGUACAUGGAGAACGGAUCGCUGGAUACCUUCCUAAGGAAACACGAUGGAAGAUUCCAAGUGCCCCAGCUGGUGGGGAUGAUCAGGGGUGUGGCUUCAGGCAUGAGGUACCUGGCAGAGAUGAACUACGUACACAGGGACCUGGCUGCGCGUAACGUGCUGGUGAACAGCAGCCUGGUGUGUAAGGUGUCGGACUUUGGGCUGUCCAGGGUGCUGGAAGACGACCCAGACGCAGCUUACACUACCAGGGGAGGAAAGAUCCCCGUGAGGUGGACAGCUCCGGAGGCGAUCGCAUACAGGAAGUUCACAUCAGCCAGCGACGUGUGGAGCUAUGGGGUCUUGGUGUGGGAAGUGAUGUCAUACGGGGAGCGGCCAUAUUGGAACUGGUCCAACCAAGACGUGAUCAAAUCUGUGGAAGCUGGGUACAGGCUACCGCCGCCUAUGGAUUGCCCUAAAGCGAUCUACCAGCUGAUGUCUGACUGCUGGCAGAAGGAGCGGAACGCUCGGCCGAAGUUCACGGCUAUCGUAGCGAGUCUGGACAAGCUGAUCCGCAACCCCAUGGUGCUGAGGGUGCUGGCCCAGCCAAGGCCGAUGCACCACCAGUCGACGUCGUCAGACCUGUACAGCUCCGUGCCUGAGUGGUUGGACAGCCUGUCGCUCGGCAGGUACACAGAAAACUUCCUGAAGGCCGGCUUCACCAACCUGGACUGUGUCGCCAAGAUCACACUCAGGGAGCUGCAGAGCAUUGGCGUGACGAUGAUCGGGCACCAGAAGAAGAUCAUGAACAGCGUGCAGCUACUGCGAGCCCAGGCCAGCCCGUCGGCUGCCAGCCUGCGCACCCCCUCCCCCAUCCCUAACGGCCAGCCCCUCCCCCACAUCCACUCCCCAGGGGUGGGGGGCAGCCUGCACGGCACCCCCAACCUACACCCCCACCCCCACCACAACGCCAGACACAUGGCUCACGCAUUGCCCGUAUAGACCAGUUCACGUUCCCAGGAUCCUUUGCCCAUUGUUUGACACAGUGGCAGGGUCGAAGGUCAGGGGUCAAGGUCACCCCUCGACCUUAAAAAGUGCCGUUCACGCACAAAGAAUCUUGGGACCAUGAAGUGGCCUAGCGGGCCUCGUGACGCAAAGCAUGAUGGGAAGGUGGUGGCGGGACUCCGCUGCUCCCGGGAUGCAGUGCAUCGUGGGAAGGCUGAGGCAUGCUGGGUAACCGAUGAUGCAACGAUGCUGCUACUUAAAAUGUUGCAAUUUCGGACGGGGGAACGCUGGAAAGAUACAAAAUUUAACGUACUAUUGAAGGGGAAAGAAGAAAAAUGCAGUUAAAGUGCAAGAGAAGGGCACCAUGACAGCAAGAAAUGAGGAAUACAACUAUGUAUGACUAACUGAUGCAAACAUUUGACUCUUGAGUUUGUGUAUCUGUGUGUGCGUGGAAAGAUUCUCUUUCUCACCACACACAACUCAGAUGUAGGACGUGUUAAAUUCUCCGUGGAUUUGAGGAAGGUAGUUUUGUGACUAGAGCUGUCGGCAACAGCUCCGAGUAGAGAAAGAGACAUUUUGUACAUUCACUAUACAGCCUUGAUAAGUAUUCACUGCACAUACUCUGCACUGUGUCUCACGAUUGGUUGAUUUUGAAAUACAGUUAAGUGUUGUAGCCAAUCACGUGUGCCGUCACAAGUAUACAGCAGUUCGGUUUAGUUUGUUUAGGAAUUCUGGUGAAUUUGUGCUGUUGUUGUGUUUUUUAGUCGUUUGUUUUAAGAUAAGCUGCUUAAUUAAAGAUUAUAAUUGCACAUGUCAAUCAAUUAUUACUAUGGUAACUAGAUUAUGUCCCUAAUAUGUAAAUAUGUUCAUCAGAGUUGCAUUUAUGUGAGAAAGAUGAAAUUUGAAGGGCUGCCUGCCGAAAAUUUAACACAUCGGCAGUUGUACGGAAAACCAUGACAACAUCUGGCGCUGCAAUUUCCUAACAACAUUUUUGUUAAUUAUUUUGCUCUAAUUGGCAUUAAUUAUAGAAACAUCACAAAAAUGGUUUAUUACUGACCACCUUAUUAGGAAACAGCAUCCUAAUUAGCCUGUUUCCAUGGUGACUAAUUAAAAUUAUAUCAAAAUGAAGUACUAGUCAGGAGUGCCACAAUGUACUGUAUUCUCUGUAAAUGCAAAGAACGUUUAUGAAAUCUGUAGAUAGUAAGGAGAGAAAUAUGUUGUUAACACACAUACAGUCCACUGAAUAUAUUUUCCAACAGCAGAAUUUUUGAGUUCAUAUUCAGUGUAAUGAACAGAGAUAGACAGUUUAAAUGAUGUAAAUUGAAAAAAAGGUGCUUAACUAAAAACUACUUAUGCACUUGAGGAAAUAUUUCUGGAGAUUAUAUGGCUGUGUAAAAUGAAGCUAAUCCAAGUGUUUUAUCAGUGGCAAGUUUGCUCUCAAUAUUUCUUUCCGAAAAAGUAAAGAUUUCUAUUCCGUUUUGAUGCUAGGUGAUAGCCUUAUUAUUUAUUGUGAAGUCUUGUCUACUGUAUAUAUUGUUUUUGCGCACUAUUUAUUUUGGUCACUACUUUGGUUUAAUGAUUUGACACGCAUAAUUUUCCCUGUAGGGCAUUAAAAAAUGUGCCCGUAGCUUCGCUUGUAUGUCAGUAACGUAUUUAGGCCACACCAAUUUAAUUUGUUGGUUCUCAGAUAUUUUCAGAAAAAAAUAAAAGCAGGUCUAGGCAUCCUAUUAUAGCCCCAAAUGCUACAAUAGGAGCCAUGAAGU